CCCGACACAGACAAUAACUUCUCCAUCCACACCGAUCAUGAUGAAUCAUACGGCCGUUUUCUCCCUAAAUACACCUUCAAUCAGGCCAGAAGCUAACCUUUUUGUCCACUGUUAAGUUCCCUUCAUUUAAAAAUGUUGAAAGGUCAACCAAAGCCCAGUACGUGCACAUUGGCUGAUGUCAGCAACGGUUACUAUGGCAGCCAACUUGGACAGGAGAGGGGGUCCUACGUUGGAGCCAGACUGAAUGAUUAGGAUAGGCUGCUGGCUGUCUGUCUGCCUGGUCAGACAAAUCUUGAAAGAUCCUCAGCAAACAUGGGUAGAGCUCCGAUGCAGCAUCCCCAUCUUUUUAUUUAACCUCCCUGUUUGCCCCAGACUCGACACUCUGUCCCCAGCAACUCGUUAAAAGAGUGAUCCAUUAAAACUAAAGCUCAGGGGGGCAAGCUUAAUCUGUGAAAUGCCCGGGGGACGAUUGUGAGUGUGCAUUGUUGGCAGAAGGGUCAUUUUAGCUCAGGUGAGCUUCUCAACAACACCAAUGGCUACUGCCGUGAUUUUUUUUUUCUUCUUUUUUCCGGAGAAUGAGUCAGUGCAACAGUGACAAAACAAAAGCAGACACGGAUGCUGAACAGGAGCAAGGCAGCCAGUCAGCUUCUGCAACGUCAGCCUACCCACCAGGGCAGCAGAGCCCCAGUGCUGUCAUCAGGAAUCCGCCAAGGUUUCAGACCUUAACCCUAACGCGAAAGCAUGGGCCAACCACAUGUUUAGCCUCGACCAGAGCGGGACUGCUGACACAACUGCUGCCCUGCAGCCAUGGAAGGAAGGCUGCGAUAGUUCCACUGACCCCGGCCCAGAAGACUUUGAAGCCAGUGAGGACAAAGUUUACAAGGAGCCUCUGAUCACUGAGCCAGAUGAGCCUCCACCAGCACCAGUAAUGCUGGCUGAGCCGGCUCCCGUUGCCUCCAUCACCCUGGAGUGCUCCGAUCCCACCUACACAGAGUACCCUGAGCCCGGGCAGCCAGCGCACACAGGCAGCGAUUGUCUGGCUGACAGCGCCCGGGAGAGCUUGAGAGAACACCUAAAGAAGACUCUAGAGUUCUGUCUGUCCCGGGAGAACCUGGCCAGUGACAUGUACCUCAUCUCCCAGAUGGACAGUGACCAGUAUGUGCCAAUAGUGACGGUGGCCAACCUGGACCACAUCAAAAAGCUCAGCACUGACGUGGAGCUGAUCGUGGACAUUUUACGAACGCUGCCGUUGGUUCAGGUGGAUGAGAAGGGGGAGAAGGUGCGACCCAAUCAGAACCGCUGCAUCGUGAUCCUCAGAGAGGUUCCAGAGAGCACACCCAUCGAGGAGGUGGAAGCUCUUUUCAAAGGAGACAACCUUCCUAAGUUCAUCAAUUGUGAAUUUGCCUACAACGAUAACUGGUUCAUCACGUUUGAAUCAGAAGCAGACGCACAGCAGGCAUAUCAGUAUCUUCGUGAGGAAGUGAAAACGUUCCAAGGGAAGCCAAUUAAGGCGAGAAUAAAGGCGAAGGCAAUCGCCAUCAACACUUUUAUGCCAAAGAACGGUUACCGGCCUGUGGAGGUGAACCCGUACGCCCAGCAGCGCUACACGUCCUACUACAUCCCACCGGUGUACAGCCCACAGCAGCAGUUCCCUUUGUAUAGCCUCAUCACGCCGCCGGCCUGGUCAACCACCCACAGCUUCAUCGACCCAACACUGGUUACUCCAUUUCACAACAACCAGUUCAUGAAUGGGUUCACCACAUCGCACAGCUUCAAACCAACGACAACGCCCCUCACCGUCAGACACUUCUCCCCCAGAAACAGGAAUCACAACAAGCCUCACUUAAGGGCGGCGAUCCCCACAGCAGAUCGCAGUGCCGGGCUGCUGGACAACCCCGCCCUCUUCCCCAGCUUCUCCACCGAGAGACUCAACGGGGUUCGAAGCAGCCCGCCAACGAGACUUCCUGCCAGCCAGAACAGAACUAGGUUACCCUCCAACACAGCCUUUCCCCGCAGAGACCCCGUGGGCACGGGGCGAGUACCGGAGCCCACUACCCCAGACUACUCCAGAGGACGGAAAAAUAUUUCUGCUUCUAGGAAAAAGAGGGAUGAAAAGUUUACGAGGAUGACCCCUCAGUCGCCGCCUCCCCCCCCCAAACCUCCAUCUCCCAGCUUUGAGCUGGGACCCUCCAGCUUCCCUCCUCUCCCCGGAGCAGCCGGCCAGCUCAAGACUGACGAUGCGUUUGAUAACCGGUUGACCAGCAGCGUGGUCAUCGGAACCUUCAAAGAACGGAACGCCACUGCUGAUUCCAGCACUGGAGGAGCGCUCUCCCCAGCCAGCCCCAAAGAGCCUCUCCGGACCUCCGCCUCCCUGAUGCUCCCAAACCUCCAGCCCUCGACAACGACCCCCACCUCAGCCCCGUCGCUGACCCCAGUUACUGGGACGCCCCACAGUCCCGCUCCCUCCCUCCCAGCAGUGGAGGCGAAGGCCACGGAGGUGAAGCCGAAGGAGGCGCAGCUGUCUGUGGAGCGUGUUCCUGGGACUCUGUCCACUGCCAGCAAAUCUGUGCAGGUCAAUGGAGCGGCCACAGAGCUGAGAAAACCUUCGUACGCCGAGAUCUGCCAGCGGGCGAAGGACGCCGCAGCUGCACAGCAAGCCGCCACCCCCAAGGAAGCCAAGCCACCCUGCGCUACUGCCGCCGCCACCGAGGACAGGAAGUGCACUGACGCCUCCUCCCCUACAGGGGAGGCUAAAGCCAGAGAGACAUAUCACGCCUCCGCCAAGCACGGCUCUGCCAACCCGGCCAGACCCCUGAAGGAGGGCCGAAGGCCAGCCGGGCGAUGGGCCUCCCCUCCCCCACACCCAGGGAAAACCUUUAGCAAAGAUCCCAACCACACCCCACCCAAGUCCCCACAGUAGGCCAUCUCCUCGCCCCCUUUUCCUCCACCUCCCCGCCAUAUGCGAUAAAGGAAAACGUCAGGGCUACGAACCCCCCAUUAUAGACGAGCAGAGAGGACGACUCCUCCUUCCGGAUCAGGGCUUGCAGACAAAAAGCACUUUACUGUGCAUGUGGAGCAGCGUUUCUUUAGUUUUACUCUAUUUAUUUUUUAGUCUUUUAUUUUCUCCUCCCUUUGCCUCUCCUGUUGUUUGGCUCAGCCAACUCGACGGUUUCCAGUCCAGACGGCAUUUGUGGGAUUCAGGUGCAGGAAGCAGCUGGGCAUUGAUGGAAGAAAGCCCCCAAGGGAUUAUGGGAUAGGGCGCACAAAGCAGACGCCGUUUGCGUUUAGUUUCGGUUCGUUUUUUGUUUUUACCGUUGGCCUAGUCUGCAUGUUGAGUGAAACUGGGGUAGGGCUUCAUGCAGCUGAAUGAUGGAUCACUGUGAUGCGGUGGUUCAAUGUCCAGAGGAAGUCUGACGUUUAGUCAGCAGGAAACCUUGAUUCUCUAGUUUACAUGAUGCUUUCAUUCCUGCUUGAUUCUCGUAUUUGUUGCUACUGUUUGUGACACAGCGGGCUCUGCUUGCAGAAGUCGGUCAGCACCGUUUGUCCUGAUCGGUUCUGGCUUUGGCCUCUCCGUCUUCUCCCUGGAACUGCGCAGACGCUGCUUUUUGCUUCCCGCUAACAAUGCUAACUGUGUCUGACGACUGCUUUCUGGAGUCGAGCAGGGAAAAUGAUUUUGGUUUUCUUAUGAUGUCUUUUUUUGGGGGGGUGGGGGGUUUGGUCUUCACACUUUAUUGUUGUUGGUUGCAGAAAGUUUAGUUGAAGGAUCAAUGGAAUAUUGAGGAGUUAGUGGUGCAAAAGAGAGCAGGGUGGAGGACAUCAACACUAGCUACCGCCCAGAUGAGGCGCAUCAAACAUUGAAGCAGAAACAUCUCUAGUUCUUUCUCAGAAAUGGUGCUAGAUCCUGGAAUCGGAAACUAAAGCUCUUGUGAUGCUGGACUGGCAGAAAUACUUGACCUUCAUCCGCAGAACCUUACCUGCACUGAUGGGGUUAUCUCAGACCCGCAGGUCCCGCCUGACCACACCGGUUUUGUUUUUUCAGGGCAAAUGUCAAACUUCCCGUCAAAGCCUUUAUGUUUUGUCGCAUAGAAAGAAGGUUUGUGGGUUCGGACGCCGACGGGAGCCUUUUUGGUGCUGGAGUUCUGUAAGAUGUGCCUGCUAAAUGUGGAGCAGAGUGUGUUUAAGGAUUUAAGGUGGAGCGGUUUGGAAACGUGGUUUACGGUUUUGGGAAGUGAAAGAUGGGCCGAACAUCCUGCACAUCUGGACGUUUGACAGACGGCUUUGGAGCAGAAAGCAAUCAGGGAAACUUGUCAAAUCCAUCAAGUCCUUCCUCCUCCGUGGCCUCCAGUCUUCGGUUUGUUUCCGCCUCUUCUGCUUGCACUCUCUGGGGAACAGUUGUCUCUUGUCGCAAAGAUUGACCACAGCACAUUUUCUUGCUACUCUCCUGCUGUUUUUACCCAGAUCAGACAGGUGUUGAGUAAAAAGCACAGAUUAACAGGAAGCAACCUUCACCCACCUGGAGCCUGAUGGGGAAAUAUGUCCACCCGUCAUCCGGGUAAAGAAUUCCGUAAGCGGGAGGGACGCCGCCGGGCAUUGUAGCAGCCACCGCAGACUUUUGGAUCUUUGUUUUUCUUUCUGGUUGAAAACAUUAGAGCUUUUUAUGAGCGGCGGCUUUUCCUUUCCCUCGCCGCUCGAUGGAAAUGUGCUCAGGUUGAUCUUUUGCAGCCGUCAUCUCAAGAACUGGACGCAGUCUGUUCCGGUCCGGGAAACACAAACCUACACAGCGUGGGAUCUUGCAUGUCUUGCUCAAGUCUUCCUGCAGCUAAAAGAAUUCUGGGUAAUCCCACUAAAACAGAAGCCUGUGUAGACAAGGGAAAAUAAAUAAAAUAAAAAAGAAACACUGUCCUGAUCAGAGCAGCUUUUUGAUUUGGACACUUCUGCUCAUAAUUUGGUUUCCUGAAGGACUGAGAUGCACUUGGAUGUUUGGUUUUUUCCCCCCGUCUUUAUAUUUACUGAAACGGUAAAAGAGAAUCACAGCAUAUCCACUCCUUUAAGAACCGGUUUCUGGUAAAUCCAUGACAAAUAUCCUUUUGUUUUAUUUUUGGGAGAAGAAGAAAAAAAACAAAGAGACGCUUUAGGGUCUCCAUACGAAAAGAAAUCCAUCCGAUGUUUGAAAAACUUGAAUUUUAUUUAAACUUGAAAAAUGACUUUGCCUUAACUUUUAUACAAGAUGCGCGUAGUUUCUUUCUUUCUUCUUUAGUUUUUUUUGGAACCCCCCUUGAUGUUAAUGAAGCGUGACUCGUGGAAAACACUUGGGACGUCACAAGUCUUACUGAGAGUCUAGCAGCUUUUCUUUCUUCUGUUUCCGUUUUGUAAAAUGUACGAAAAAGAAUCCUUCUGGUCGUUCUGUUUUUUUUGUUUGAAAGUUUUAGGAUGUUUUUUCUUUUGAAAGGGGGGGGAUAUAAACCUUGUAAAUGCAACUAGUCGAUACUGUAUUAAAUAUGUGCACUUUGAAGUGUGUGCUUUGCCUGUACAGUUGUAAAUACUCAGAAAACUAUAAGAGGUACCUUAAAAUGAUUAUAAAAAUAUAUUGAUCCCUGUUAACUAUAAUGUCGCUAUCAAGCUGGAUGUAGGAUAUAAAAAUGUGUUGCUGUGCUUUUGGAAAAAUUUCUUUUUAGUUUUUUUUUAAUGUUCGGUUUGGGCGAGCGGACAGUCUUUCUGAUUGUUUCCUUGUUUUUGGUUUUUUUUUGUCUCUCAUUCCAUUUUCGCCACACCUGGAUCUUCAGGUCGCGCCCAAGCCCCGCCCUCCUCCCGCUUUUCCUCCGUCAGUAUGCACAACCUAGAGACCGGCCUUGGCCUCCACAAGCAUCGUCUCUUUUAUCACUUCCAAAUGCAGAUUGUCAUGCGUUUGAAGGAAGCACUACUGGUCGAGCGUCCAAAACCUGAACCCAACCGAGGAGAUGAACCAGCGAAGGCAUUAGAGAGAGCUGUCAUAUGAACACUAAAGCAGCCGUUUCUGUAGGAAUGCCAGGAAAUCUCACUCAGUUUGGCAGAAACAGCCUCUGGGUUCAAUGGAAAAAGCUACAAACGUCUUUCUGGUUCUGAUUUUGCUCCAUUAUAUAAAAAAAGAUGAACAAACGGAUUUAGCCACAGCUGUUCUGCUUCCUUACUAGAAAAGAUCCAAACACGAUAAUUCUGGCUUAAAAAUAUUUAAAGGGAUUUUACUACAAUGAAGACAGGAAGUCAUGACAACCAUUUCUUUAAAAAAAAAGAAAGAAAGAGGCGUGUUUGAUGGACAGCUGCGUUCCUGUCCUUUUCUGGGCUUCACGGCGAUCUGAAGUGCGACGCUUACUUCAAAAGGGAAAGCCACCCACGCCUGGCUCCAGGCGGGAAAAGACGGCAGACAAACCCCCAACCCCCCCGUCCAUUGUGACCUCUGCUCCCUUCUGUUGUAGUGAAAUGUUGGAUUUCUCCACUUGGACGUCUGAGCCAAAAACUUUACUGCCCCCCCCCCUCCGCUUGAAUGUCUGUCUGAAGGUUUUGGGUGUUCUUAUUUUGUUUUCCCUGUUGGAAUCUGGGAUGUUUGACUUCCAGAGUUUUCUGGCACAUACAGAACCUGCACAGGUCUGAGGAUGGCCUGGAUUGUUGUGUGGUUGUGUCUGCGCCAUCUUUGUUUUUGUCACUGAACGGUUGAACCUGUACAUACAUGCCGCUUUUCGUUCCCCGUGUCAUUCUGUUUCUGAAGGAACCUGGACUGCAGCUUCAUGCAUGUGUGGAAUAAACCCCCCCCCCCCCCCCCCCACACACACACACACAAUCCUGACGGAUGCAAAAAACAAACUACAAAUGUUUUCGUCUCGUCCUCACCUUCAAAUGCAUUAAAUGCUCAGCUGUUCCACUCCCCUUGGACUUCUGCUGGGGCGUCACACCUCACAUCAGCCAGUUGGAGGCUCCUCCCCCAUCUGCACAGUGCCAUCUUUUUUUUGUUUCUUUUCUUUAUCUCAUAAAAAUGGACCCCCCUUCCAGUUAUCAAAGAUACGACAGCGAAUGCACAAAGACUGACUGGAAAUCUUUAUCAACUCACUGUGGUUUAACUCCUUAACACUCACCGCGCCGCGCUAACAGCUGUGGACAAUCGAGGACUCCCCGCCCCGCUGCGUGUUGGGGUUUGGACACCUAACUUUGCCUAAGGACAACUUUAACACGUGGGAUAGAGGCUGGAUUGAAGAGGGCUUGUCUUUUGUUUUGUUUUUGUGGGGGCGGGGGUCUUUUCUUCCAUUGAGACUGGAAUCAAGCGUUCGUGUCAGCUAUAUAUAAUUUAAGUUACUCUCGUGUCAUGAUGUAAAACUGUCUAAUUUGGAGAAAAAAAGUUGUAGCUUACUGAAAAAUAAAGAUUUAGGCACUGUUGAGAAGCCACAGUCUG